AGACACACGUGUGAAACUGUAUCCGAGAAACAGCGCGUUGGGUAACAAUAGUCUCUCUCUCCCGUGUGAGUGGGGCAGAUCACGCAGACAGCAAAAAGCGAACUACUUCAACAAAACGAAAAAUGCCGCUUGCAAAGGACCUGAUGCACCCCCUGGCUGAGGUGGAAAGGCGGAAACACAAGAAGAAGCGACUGGUACAGAGUCCCAACUCUUACUUCAUGGAUGUCAAAUGUCCAGGCUGCUACAGGAUCACUACUGUGUUCAGCCAUGCGCAGAGGGUUGUGCCGUGCGGGGGGUGCUCCUACGUUCUGUGCCAGCCCAAAGGAGGGAAAUGUCGCCUCACAGAGGGUUGCUCCUUUAGAAGAAAACCACACUGAUCGAUUGCUUUCAAGGAUGAAGAAGGAAAGUGAUUUCUCUUCAAUUCUCAAUCCACGCCCCACAGGGUGUAACUUUUAGCCUGUCCUACGCUGAUUUUGAACCAGAGAAGGCAGUCCUGAUUUUUCUGGGUACACAGGAACCUGGAGCUCUCAACAAAUCUGAAGAUUGUGAAGCAAAACCACUGGCCUUCAGUUGCUAUUAAACUUGGUUUUAAUCAUACAGGGGGGUUCAGCGCUGAUUUCUUAAGGGGAAUGUGAGUCUGGAUACAUCGACAGACCUCCUGUGAUACAAUUCUAAUAAAGCUUUCUGUUUUAAAUGAAA